UCAUUUAUUUUCCUUUUUUAUUUGGAUUCACACGUUUCCUCCAACCUUUUUAUUCUGGUUUCAUUAAUAAAUUUUAAAGGGUUUGGUUUCUUUUAUCUUUUUAAUACUAAAAAUCUUAGCUUUUUUUCAAAUUGGUAGGAUCUUGGAUUUGUGAAGGAGAAAAAACCCAUUUUUUAUUUACCCUUUAUUGUGUAUAUGGUGUUUUCCAAGUUUUUAACUUGGUUCAUUUACUUCAUUGUUUUUCAAGUUGGUUAGUUUUUGGUUGAUAUGUGUGAUGAAUUUGUGAAACAAAUGUGGUUGGAAGAUUUGAUGGUAGCAUAGGAGAGUGGAGUCAUGAUUUGCAAUUGUUUUGGUGUUUUGAAUUGGUGUAAAGGGAAGGGUGAACCUAUUGAGGGCACACAUGAACAAGUGAAGGAAACUAAAAGCUUUAGCUAUAGCUCAUUGAGAUCAGCUACAGGAGAUUUUCAUCCUUCAUGCAAAAUUGGUGGAGGAGGCUAUGGAGUUGUCUACAAGGGUGUUUUAAGGGAUGGUACUCAAGUUGCUAUCAAGUCUCUUUCUGUUGAGUCUAAACAAGGAACUCAUGAAUUUAUGACCGAAAUUGAUACGAUAGCAAAUAUACAACAUCCAAAUCUUGUUAAACUGAUUGGCUUCUGUGUUGAGGGUAAUCAUCGAAUAUUGGUGUACGAGUUUCUCGAGAACAAUAGCCUCGCAAGUUCUUUGCUAGGUUCAAAGAGUAAAUGUGUUCGUCUGGAUUGGCCAAAGAGGGCUGCUAUUUGCUGCGGUACAGCAUCGGGUCUAAGCUUUCUUCACGAAGAGGCUCAGCCAAACAUUGUUCAUAGAGAUAUCAAAGCAAGCAAUAUAUUGUUAGAUGAGAAUUUCAAUCCAAAAAUUGGUGAUUUUGGUCUUGCAAAACUUUUUCCUGACAAUGUCACACAUGUUAGCACUCGAGUUGCAGGAACAAUGGGAUAUCUUGCGCCAGAAUAUGCGCUUCUAAGACAGCUUACAAAGAAGGCAGAUGUAUACAGUUUUGGGAUUCUGAUGCUUGAAAUAAUCAGUGGUAAAAGUAGUAGCAAAGCUGCAUUUGGGGACAAUAUUUUGGUACUGGUCGAAUGGGCAUGGAAGCUAAAAGAAGAAAACCGGCUUCUAGAACUCGUUGAUUCAGAAAUAACCGACUAUGACGAGAACGAGGUGUAUCGGUUCCUUGUAGUUGCUCUAUUUUGCACCCAAUCAACAGCUCAACAUAGACCAACCAUGAAACAAGUACUACAAAUGCUUUCAAAACAAGUUCAUCUUAAUGAGAAGGCAUUAACUGAGCCUGGAAUAUACAGAUGGAAUUCAUCUGUAAAGUCGAGCGGUUCUUUUAACAAAACACCAUUGCGGUCAUCUCAAGUGAUCAAGCACAAAAAUUAUGAAAAUCAACAUCAAACCUCUACGCAAUUUAGCGGUACAGAUAUUGUGACAGAGGUUUUUCCUAGAUGAUGGUUCAUAUGUCUAGUAUAAGUUAUGUAUUUAUUGUUUUAGUUGUUAGGAUCCAUGUUUUUCCAAAGGGGAUCAUGGGAAGAAAAGGCUUAUAUAUUUUGCACUUUGCUAAUUAUUUCUUUCUGGUGUUAAAGGCAUGUUGAAGAAUCUUGUUUCAUAAGUCGUUCGAUACUACAUUUGUUCGAUACUAUACAUUAAAUAAAUGAUCAUAUAUUUACUUUUCUUA